AUGCGAUCAGCAGUAGCAGCAGCAUUCUCCUUAGCAACCACAGUGGGGAUUUUAUCCUCCUCCUUGGUUGCAGCAUCAUCCGAACCUGUUGUAUGCGACUGCGGUUUCCAAGAUGAGAAUGGUCGCAUUUGGUCUGAGAUAUGGCAUUCAGAUUACAAUACCUACAAGGCCAACUUGCAAAAAGACAAAAACUAUGUUGUGAUGAAUUAUACGGUGCCACCAAAGCAUGAUGAUACGUUGGAACGCUUAUUUGAUCCUGCCAAUGUCCAGCUAGCUUCUCAAGAUGGUGAAAGCAGCUUUAGUGGACUUCAAUUAGCGGUACGUAAACAAGACAAUGGCCAAUUCACAUCCGCUUCUUUUGGAACCAAAAGGGAAGACUUUUUGUAUGGUACGUUUCGUGCAAGCAUGAAAACGACACCUGUACCUGGCACAGUGCAAGCCUUCUUUUUCUUUCGGGAUAACACGUGUGAGAUCGACAUUGAAGCCGUGAGCCGUAUCCAGAACCCAUGGCAAUCCUACUUUUCGGUGCAACCUCAAAUUUACAAUGAGGAUGGUUCAGCUUCCAAUCUCACCAAUAUCAAAGACCCAAUUAACUUUGAUCCUACCGCUGAUUUCCAUGAAUAUCGCUUCGAUUGGACUCCCGAUGCUGUUACCUACUACUUGGAUGGAUCAGAAGCCACUCGCCUUACUCACAAUGUGCCCCGAUAUCCGGGAAGAGUACUUGUAAACCAUUGGACCGAUGGCAAUCCCAAUUUUAGUGGUUUACCUGAUCAAGAUGCUUUUCUUCAUGUUGCCAAUAUGACCGUAUUCUUUAAUUCAUCCGAAGCUACAACGCCACCAGCAUGCCAAAAGAGACAAACACCUUGUAGCGUUGCAGAUAUCAUGAGCCAAAAACUUUUACCAGCAUCGAGCGAUAGCGGUCCAUCAACACAAUCGAGCAACAAUCAUCAUGAAUCAGCAGCAGCAGCAUUCAAUCAUUAUUCUAGUGUACUCUUAUAUACGACUGUUUUAUACAUCCUAGCAUCCAUCAUCAUCACAUAA